AUGUCAGCCACCGACCAGGUCCAGUUGGCCGAUUUUGGUAACAUUUUCUCUCUUCACGGCAAAGUGGCUGUGGUAACGGGAGGAUCAAGGGGCCUUGGACUGCACGCCGCCUCUGGCCUUUUGCAAGCUGGGUGUUCAAAAGUGUACAUCACCAGCAGGAAGAAGCAGGCCUGUGAGGAAGCCGUUGCAGCCCUAAAUGCCCUCCCCAAUAAGCGUCCCGGCGCCCAGGCAAUCAGUAUACCUGCCGAUAGCGCCUCAAUGGCAGAGCUCGACAGAUUGGUCACUGAGAUCAAGAAGACAACAGACCAUGUUGAUAUCCUGUUCGCAAACGCCGGGGCCACAUGGGGAGAGGCCUUUGAUACACACAAUGAAAAGUCCUUCGAAAAGGUCAUGAACUUGAACGUCAAAUCUGUGUUCUAUACAAUUCAAAAGCUCACGCCACUCCUUACGGCAAAGGCAACCAUUCAGGAUCCAUCCAGAGUUGUCGUAACGGCCUCGGUGGCCGGUAUCGGUAUUGGAUCUGUCGGAGGACCAAACGCAACACCCUCAUAUUCAAUCAGUAAAGCAGCGGCAAUCCAUUUGGCUAAGAACCUAGCAGUUGAGCUUGGCCCCCGGCAUAUCCUUACCAAUGCUAUUGCGCCUGGCUUUUAUCCAACAAAAAUGGCAAAUGGGCUUAUCGAGUUGAAGGGUGGCACCGAGGAGCUGGAAGCGUAUUCACCGAAUGGCCGACUUGGAAAGCCUGAGGAUAUCGCAGGAUUGGUCGUCUUUCUGUCAUCUCCGGCAGCCAGCCAUAUAAAUGGCGCUGUUAUAACAACUGAUGGAGGAAGUGUGCUGAAGGGACGGUUGUAA